AUGGGGGUCGCCCUGCUGUGGGUGCUGCUGCUGCUGCUGCUGAAGCUGUGGGCAGCAAGGACCACGGAGGACGCCUGCCUCGUGUCUUUGGACCCCGGGAACUGGACGGCCCAGUUUACAAGCAAGUGCCUGAACUUCAGCAACCAGAAACUGACGCUGCCUGAGAAUCAGUCUCUGCAGGCCAGCAACGUCGAGCUCUUGGACCUGUCCUCCACGGGCCUGCGCACGCUCCCGCCUCUCUUCUUCCAGAACCUGGGGUCACUAAGGUCCCUGAUCGUCACUGGCAACCGGCUGGACCGCAUCAGCGGCGCGCUGGCCGCACGGUGUGACCUGGAAUUACAGGCCGACUGUGGCUGUGGCCUGGCGGCCUGGCAGAAGGUGCGGGCUGACAACUGCUCCGGCCAGCUGGCCCUGAAAUGCCUGGACCUGGCCACGGGCACCUGGCGCAACCUCUCUGCCUUCCUGCAGGUCAGCUGUGCCCCAGGCCUGACCCCAAGCACUAUUGGGGCUGUGGUGGCUGGGGUCUGUCUGUCCCUCGGUCUGCUCAUCGCUAGCCCUCUGCUGGUCUGGAGGCUCCGGAGACACCAGCUGGCCAGUAGCCAUGGCUUGAGACAAACCCAGACUGGCAAGGAUGAGCCCAGGCACAGCUCAACCCGGCAGCCACGGUACAGCAGCCGGAGCCUCCACCCCAAGCCCCCGGUGGUCACCCCUCAGAGGCUCUCCACUCCCGACUAUGAGAACAUGUUUGUGGGCCAGCUGGCUGGUGGGCCCAGCACCCAGGCAUACCACUGGGACAAACAUGGGACUCAUUUUUCGGAGGAUGACUUCUACAUGAACUACGAGGGUGAGAGGCAGACCUCCCAGCCUGUCUAUGGCAACCUGGGAUCCCUGGGCCAGGCGUCUCUGGAUGAAGAGGAGUACGUGAUCCCGGGGCGCUGAAUGGGACGUGGAUUUCCCCGACCCCUCUAGUCCCUGCCAGGUGACUCAGGGAGGUCUGACCUCGGCCUCUUCUCCAGCCUCAGUCUUCCCAUCUGCGGAUGGGCAGGGUCAUCCUGAGGUCCCCGAGAGGUUCUGAAGCCCUCUUCCCAGGCCCCACUCUGAUCCUUGGCCCGCAAGGUCAGCAGGGGACGCCCCAGGGAGGGGACCGGGAGGUUGAUGCGUGACCCUCACCAGCACGCGCCUACUUGUGUG